GAUUCUAUUUUAUUCGCAGCGGAGGAGAUCAUCAGUAGUAGUUGUCGACGACGACUGCGAAGAGGAGGAUAAAUGGAGAAUCGUGGCUGCGUUGGAAAUCAGUUCCUUCUGCUCUGUUAUUUGCCUUUAGAGAGAAGAACUGGAAUCAGGGCUUUCGUUUUCUCGAAUUGAUCUAUCAAUGAGCACGCUCAAGGGCUGGCGGCAAGCCUACGGCGCCCUCAAGGACACCACCACCCUCAGCCUCGCCACGGUCAAGAGCAAUUUCAAGGACGUGGACGUCGCCGUUGUCAAGGCCACUAGCCACGUCGAACGCCCGCCCAAGGAGCGACACAUUCAAAAGUUUAUUGCUGCAGCUUCGGGGAGUUUGCCGCGGAUCGAUGUGGCUUACUGCGUGCGCACACUUUCUAGGAGAUUGGCAAAGACACGUAAUUGGGUGGUCUCUUUGAAGACACUAAUUGUUAUCCACAGGACACUUAGAGAAGGUGACUCUACGUUUAGGGAAGAGUUAUUACACUAUUCUAACAAAGCACAUUUCCUUGACCUGACCAAUUUCAAGGAUAAUUCCAGUUCUCUUGCUUGGGAUUGCUCCUCAUGGGUCCGGACGUAUGCACUCUUUCUGGAGGAACGAUUAGAGUGUUACAAAAUUUUAAAAUAUGAUGUUCAAGAGCAUCUGUCGAGGAGGUUUUCGGAUGUCCCUGACAUAGAACAUACUAGUACCAGAACUUUAGGUAGCGAGGAACUGCUACAAAAGCUACUUGCCUUACAGCAUUUGCUUUUUCGCAUUAUUGGUUGCCAGCCUGAAGGAGCUGCAUUUGGCAACUAUCUUAUACAGUAUGCCCUGGCACUGGUGAUUAAAGAAAGCUUCAUAAUCUAUCGCGCUAUGAAUGAUGGGAUAAUCAAUCUUGUUGAUUUGUUCUUUGCAAUGCCAAGAUAUGAAGCUACAAGAGCACUGGACAUUUACAAAAGGGCUGGGCACUUGGCACUCAGUCUUUCUGAAUUCUAUGUGGUCUGCAAAGGUCUGGAGCUAGUAAAAAAAUUUCAGUUUCCUGCCCUUAAAGAGCCACCUUCAUCAUUUCUUGCCACAAUGGAGGAACACAUUACUGAAACAACUCGAAUUGGAUCUAUUCUAAAUAAAACAUUGAAGUCCCAAGAGAGGAACUUGUCAACUUGUGAAGAACAAAUUUCAUGGGAGAGUUUAGAGCAAACUGUUCUACGAGAGGCUAAACCUUCAUCAGUUGAGCAUGUAGAAAAAUCAGAGGCAGUUGAAGAUGUGACAACUCAGUCUGAAACAAUAGCAAACUUAUUGGAUUUUGAUGAAAUUACUUCCAUGGCUACUCAGCUUGAGGAUAGAAAUUCAUUAGCUCUCGCGUUAUCUUCACCUGGUAGUGAUACCAAACCUAAAUCCACCGGCGGCAUCAUUCAGACAUACACAGAUCCUUCAGGAUGGGAGUUAGCACUUGUAAUAACUGCAAGCAGCAACAUCUCCCAACCGGCUGAAGCGAAACUGGCUGGUGGAUUCGAAGAACUCCCUGAGAGCUUGUACGAUUAUGCAACUCGAGAACAACAGAGAUCAAGUAUAUAUGGUACAAAUCCAUUUGCUGCAUCAAACUACAUUUCACCACCACCCAAUUUUCAGAUGGCUUUCAUGGAAGAGCAGCACUACUUUCUCCGGCAGCAGCAGAACAUGACAAUGACAAGUCCCCGGAACAGUCAGCUUGAAUUCGCUCAUCCUCAAGCUUUCUCAUCCAACCCUUUUGGUAAUCCCUUGACUAAUUACUCCCAGCCUGUUCCUGGCAGUUUUAGUUUGAUUUGAAGCUGCUUAUUUGCAGAUUAUGUAUUCUUUUGUUGAUAAGAAGAUACUUGUAAAGCUUAAUUCAUUACUUUUUGUCGCCGCCUUCGUCAUUGUUGUAUAAUUUAUCCUUGUAAACAGUUAUUCCUCUCUUUGUGUGUGUGUGUGUGUAAUUUAUCAUUGUAAAGAGUGAUUCAUCAUA